UUUCGGAUAAAAUGUUGAGUAAGGUAUUUCCCUGGAUAAAGGAAAAGUCCUUGGAGGAGAAAGUAAGCUCGCGAGAUGCCUUUGUAUACUUGGAUCGAGGAAUGUGGCUGGUUGGCUGGACAGAGCCCCUAAAUAAAAGGUGGUCAUUGCUCUACAAAAUGUGGUCGGCUACUACUACAAUUAUGUUGGUAGUACUGCUGCCGAUUUUUAUGGUUUUGGAGUAUAUUCACAAUUUCAAUAGCUUUACGGUGGGCGAGUUCCUGAGCUCCGUCGAGAUUUGCGUGAAUAUGUACGGAUGCUCCUUCAGAUCUAUCUUUACAAUGUUUGGCCAUUCGAGAUUCCAGGUGGCAAAGAAGCUACUGGAUCAGAUGGAUGAGAAAUGUCAAAGAAGUGAUGAGAGGACCAGGCUACGUCAAUAUGUCGCCUUGAGUAAUUUGCUUUUCAUAGUGUAUUUUAUCCUGUAUACACACUAUGUGAUGCUUAACUUCACUGGUUAUUUGCUGAAGGGAAGUCACGCUUGGCGAAUUUAUAAUCCUCUUUUAGAUACCGAUGAAAAUUUCUUCUCUUCGAACAUGGUGGAGUUUGUGCUUAUGAGUUCUGUGAUAACUCAGGCUCUGUGCGACGACCUGUGUCCCGUGACAUAUCUCUUUGUAGCCCGACUGCACAUCACCUUUCUCAAGGAGCGCUUGAGUCGACUGCACAUGGACCCAGAAAAAAGUGAAGAUGAGCAUCUCAUCGACUUGAACAAUUGUAUUCGGGACCAUCGCCUCAUCCUGGACUAUGUCAACGCUCUGCGUCCAGUCUUCUCUAAAAGUAUUUUUGUUCAAUUUCUAUUGAUUGGCAUUGUCCUUGGCUUGUCAGCGAUUAACGUUAUGUUCUUCGCCAACUUUUGGACGGGACUUAGCACUUGCGUCUUCAUGUUUGAUGUUUGUCUGGAAACCUUCCCAUUCUGCUAUUUGUGCGAUGUUAUUAUGAACGAUUGUCAAGAGCUUGCCGACACCCUUUUUCAAUCGAAUUGGAUGGCUGCCGAUCGCCGAUACAAGGCAACUUUGGUUUAUUUUCUUCAUAAUUUGCAGCAACCCAUUGUUCUCACGGCUGGAGGCAUUUUUCCCAUUUGUAUGCAGACAAAUUUAUCUAUGGUCAAGUUGGCGUUUUCUGUGGUCACAGUUAUGAAACAAUUGAACUUGGCCGAAAAAUUUCAAUGAAAUCUGCACGGUACUCAUGUUUAUUCUCAAAAGAAGCUUAUAAUUACUAAAAGCAU